AUGAAGCAACGAGCUCUAUCUCUCUCCGCGGCCUUUUACCGUGGCCGACCGUUCGUCCUGAAUCAUGUGCUGAGCCAGAAUCGGCUCACUUCUUCUUCAGCCAAUACUAAGAUGGAAUCUGGGACCAAAUCAGCCAAUACAGCAGGCUCAUCUAAAAAGAAAGAAACACUGGAAAAACUCAAGAAAUCACACAAGAGCAUGGCAGAAGCCGAUGAGGAAAUGCGGCAGGCUAUGGAGAACCUUGCAGGAGAUGGUGGAGAAGCUGGACUUGAGCUUGAAGACGGCAAGCCCGUUACCAUGAAGAGGGGUGUUCGAGAGAACAUGUUCAGAUACAUCUGA